AUGUGGACCUCUGUGCGCCUUCUCCUGUUGUCAACCCUACUCACUGGAAAGACAGUUGCUGAACGCUGCCCACAAAUCUGCCUCUGCGACAGCAUCAGGCAUCAAGUCAUGUGCUUGAACAAGAACCUCACCGAGGUGCCCAUUAACAUCCCUCAGGUCACUCAAAGACUUGACCUCCGGGGUAAUGAAAUCAAAGUCAUCCCUGCAGGAACUUUCUUGCCUAUUCCAUACCUCACCCACAUGAAACUUCAGAGAUGCAAGGUGGAAAGCAUUGAGGAAGGGGCUUUCAGGGGAUUGGGACGGCUUGUCUACCUCAAUUUGGCUUCCAACAAUAUAGCAUUCAUCUAUCAAGAGUCUCUAGAUGGCCUCUCCUCCCUCCGGCAGCUUAUCCUAGAAAAUAAUAGCAUUGAGGAAAUAAAGCCAGGGGCUUUUAGUCAACUGGGCUUCCUCACCUUUCUUAACCUGGCCAGAAACUCCUUGGUUUACCUACCAGACAUGGUCUUCCAGGGACUUCAGUUGAUCAAGUGGAUUAAUUUGUCCCAUAACUCACUCAAUGUGCUUGCCAACGAGGCCUUUGGUGGAUUAUCGACCCUUAGGAGGCUAAGCCUAGAUCACAAUGAACUUCAGUUCCUUCCUAACGAGGCACUCUCUAGAUUGUCUGGCACAGCCCAGCUAGACCUCGGACAUAAUCCAAUCACUUAUAUUGGUGAGGAGGCCAUUGAGAUGGCAUCCCUGAAACAGCUCUUCUUGGACAACAUGGCCCUUCAGGAGGUCUCACACAGAGCUUUUGUCAAGAGCCCCCUGCUGCACACUCUUGACCUGCAUAACAACCAGCUGUCCGUGUUGCAGUCACAGACGGAGAUGGCCCACCUCAAAAAAAUCGACCUAACAGGGAACCCUGUCCUUUGCACUUGUGAAAUGCGCCCCUUCAAGGAGUGGGCUGCGAAAGCAAGAAUACACGCCGAUGUAGUAUGUGCUGGUCCUGCUGCCGUCAGGGGAGAGCACCUGGAAUCCCUGAGGGCAACAGAUAUGAAGUGCAGAAGUCACGCCUUGGGUGAGGAGCUGCUGCCUAGCCUGGCCACGGUCACCAGGGAGCCAGAGAAGGAUGCUGUAAGAUGCCCACAAGGAUGUACUUGUUCACCAGAUUCCCAGCAUGCAAACUGUGUCAGGAGAAACCUCCAGAGUAUUCCCAAAGGCUUUCCAAGCAACACCCAACUUCUGGACUUGCGCCAUAAUGAGUUCCACUCAGUACCGCAAGACUCCUUCCCUGGCUUGAGAAACCUGACAUCACUCCAUCUGCAGAACUGCAAGAUUGCAAGGCUGCAGGCUGGUGCUUUCCAGGACUUGAAAAACCUCGUCUACCUUUACCUGUCUAACAACAACAUAGAUUCUGUAGAUGCUGAUGUUUUCAAAGGGCCUGCCCAGCUUGCAUAUUUGUACCUGGACCACAAUGGAUUCAACCAAAUAUCCAAAAGCUCCUUCACCCUCUUGCCGAACCUCUUUGCCCUCCACUUGCAACACAACUCCAUCGGUCAGCUGUCCGAUAAUGACCUGGCUGGGCUGGAGAAGCUACGCUGGUUAUACCUAACAGGGAACCGCAUCACUCACUUGUCUCCCAAGGCUAUGGGACAUGCCAAGCUGCUGGAGAAGCUGCAUCUGGACGAGAAUCAUUUGCAGGAAGUGCCCACCAAGUCUCUAAGAGGGCUGCCCACCCUUAGUGAACUGAAGUUGUCCAAGAAUCCCAUAAAGUACAUUGGGGAUGGUGCCUUCCUGCCAGUGGCAAGAUCUCUGCAGCACCUGUAUUUGGAUAAUAUGGGGCUAGAACAGAUUUCCUCUGGUGCCUUCACUGGCUUGGGCCCACAGAUAAGAAGUCUGUAUCUUGAGAAAAACAAAGUGAGCAGUUUGCCGAACUUACACAGCUUUACAGCUCUGGAGGUCAUCAGUCUGAGUGAUGUUCCUUUCUCUUGUGACUGCCAACUUCUCCCACUACGCAAGUGGCUUGACAAGCUGAAUCUUAGAGUAGGAGCCACCUGUGGCUCCCCAGCAGAGGUACGUGGCCAGAAGGUGAAGCUCGUAACUAUCUUCCAAAGCUGCCCAGGCUGGAAUACCAAGAAGACAAAACGAACCAGUUCAACUAAAGCCAAAGCCAAGGCUGGAAGGAGUUCCAGUAAGAAGAGGCAGCAGCAGGCUGGAAAUAUAAGAGUCAAGAAAAGCAAGAAAAAUAGAAGCAGGAAAAGCAAGUUGCUGAAAAUGCGCUUCUCCACUAACAGGGGGAGAAAGGCUUGAGAGGGGGCACAUUUUUAUAGCCUGUAAAUUCCUCCAUACUACA